UUUCCAAACAUAAACAUAAACAACUCAACAACAUGAUAACCAAAAAAAAAAGUAAGGUUAAGAUAAAAUUAUCUUAAACAAACUUUGAAUUCUAAUCUAUAUAAAAGUUUAUUCAUCCCUCUGCCGUGCCUAUUAAAAUGGGGUUAACAUCAAGGCAAAAAUUGAAGUCCCUGGUAAAAUUAUGUGUAGGAGCAACUGUGAUGUAUUCAGGAAUUUCCCUGGCAAAAGGAGAUGAGCACUUUUAUAAGGACUAUUUGAUGCCUUUGGUCCAUUUACUUGAUCCAGAGCAGGCUCACAAAUUAGCAGUUUUUACUAGUAAACAUAGGCUUCUGCCAAAAAGCCAGUUUACAGAUCCAGAAAUCUUGAAAAUAUCCUUCUUUGGAAAAGAAUUUUCAAACCCGAUAGGUAUUGCAGCAGGUUUUGAUAAAGACGGCAGUGCAAUAAUAGGCCUAAGAGACAUGGGUUUCGGAUUCGUUGAAAUUGGUUCAGUUACGCCAUUGCCACAACCUGGAAAUGAAAAACCAAGAGUUUUUAGACUUCCAGAAGAUAUGGCAAUUAUAAACAGAUAUGGCUUUAACAGUGAAGGGCAUGCUACUGUUUUAGAGCGGGUACAAAAAGCCCGUAAUAAUCCAGACGUCCCCAUCAUAGGAGUAAAUUUAGGCAAAAAUAAGACCUCAGAAGAUGCUGUUAAAGAUUAUGUGGAGGGCAUUAAAAUCUUUGGUGAAGUCUCUGACUAUUUAGUGGUUAAUGUUAGCAGCCCAAACACCCCGAAUUUGCGAGCAUUACAAAACAAGGAAAACUUAAGACAAUUACUUCAGGCAGUUGUCGCUGCCAAAAAUUCAUUACAAGUACAGCCAAAACCGCCUCUUUUUCUGAAAUUAGCUCCCGACUUGAGCUUUGAGGAGAAAAAGGAUAUCGCUGAGAUAAUUAAACGAAAAGAUUGCCAAGUAGAUGGUCUUAUAGUUUGUAAUACAACCAUAGAAAGACCAUCGUUAAAAAGCAUCCAUAAAAACGAAUCAGGAGGUCUCAGUGGGGCCCCGUUAAAAGACACGUCCACGCAAAUGAUUAAAGAAAUGAGCAAACUGACUAAUGGGGCCUUUAUAAUUGGUGUGGGUGGUGUUUCAACUGGUAAAGAUGCUUAUGAAAAAAUUAGGGCGGGAGCCAGUUUGGUUCAAAUUUAUUCGGCCUUAAUUUACGGUGGUCCGCCCUUGGUAGCAAAAAUAAAAAAAGAAUUGGCCGAGCUGGUGGAAAAAGAUGGGUUUAAGAGUGUUGGUGAAGCUGUUGGUAUAGAUGUUUGAUUUUUUUCAAUUAUUUUUUUUUGUUAUGGUUAAAAUAGGUAUUAAGAUAUCUGUAAAAUGUUUCACAAAGUUUAUUAAAGUUUUAAAAAUAAUAA